AUGGCCACUAACGCAGAUCCAGGUAGAUCAUCCAUGGAGGAUUCCCCGCCAAGUGGGGAGGAUGAGGUUGUUGAGCCCGACCAGGGAAAUGUCCUCUCGCAUAUUAUUUCUCAGCUGCGGCCAGGCGCCGACUUGAGUCGGGUAGUCCUGCCGACCUUCAUUCUGGAGCCUCGCUCUAUGCUGGAGCGGAUCACCAACUUCAUGGCCCACCCUGAAACUCUCCUUCCCAUGUCGACGAUCGAAGACCCGGUCGAGCGCUUUGUAUCUGUGGUCAAAUUCUAUCUGAGUGGAUGGCAUAUCAAACCACCAGGAGUGAAGAAGCCGCUUAAUCCCGUUCUCGGUGAAACCUUCACCUGCCACUGGGAUUAUCCCGACGGCACCCGUGGCUACUACAUCUCCGAACAAACCUCCCACCACCCGCCGAAGUCGAGCUAUUUCUUUGCUGCGCCGGAGCAUCAUAUUCGCAUCGAUGGAACACUCAAGCCGCGUAGCAAGUUUUUGGGCAACUCCGCAGCCAGCAUGAUGGAAGGCAUCGCCAUUUUGCGCUUGAUGAACCACGGCCGGGAUAAGGAAAAGGGCGAACGAUAUAUCGUGACCCAACCCAACAUGUAUGCGCGCGGCAUCCUCUUCGGAAAGAUGAAGUAUGAGCUCGGUGACCACAGCUACGUGCGCUGUCCCGAGAACAACCUCGUGGCCGAUAUCGAGUUCAAGACAAAGGGUUAUUUCUCCGGUACUUAUAACGCAAUUGGGGGAACGAUCAAGAACGAAGAGACCGGAGAGGUGCUGUACGAAUUGUCCGGAUUAUGGAACGGGGAGAUGCACCUCAAGGAUGUUCACACCCACAAAAAGGACCUCCUGUUCGAUGCGACGCACGCAAAGCAUACGCCUCCGAUCGCCCGCCCCAUUGAGGAGCAAGGAGAGCGGGAAUCACAGCGUUUAUGGAAACCUACGGUUGAUGCAAUUGUGGCCCGGAAUCAUGAAGCUGCAACGGACGAGAAGACCAAGAUCGAAGACCGCCAACGGGAGGAGGCUGCGAAGCGCGUCGAGGACGGAGUCGAGUGGCAUCCUCGUCUCUUCCGGGCCAUCCAAGGUGGCCCUGGUGGCCCAGACGAAGGCGAGGAAGAUCUCGACUGGAUCAUCAAUGCUCCAGUCGAUAUGGCCGAUCCCAACACAGCCACCAAGCAAAUCCUCUCCAUCGCACCCAUUCUCCCAGGUCAGAAGGAUUCCUCCCAGUUUCAAAUCCCGCCGCAUCACCCUCAUCCUACCGCACCCGCGAGCCAAGACCCAACCACCUCCCAGCAAUAA